AUGGGGAACACCACUAUGUGCUCUGAAUGCUCCUCUAUGCCCUUUAACGUCACAAAAUACUUUAAAAUCCCUAUAUAUUCCAUAGUGGUGGCAGCUGGGCUGCCUCUGAACUGCUUGGCGCUUUGGGCCUUGGUACACCAGAUCAAGAGAUCAGUUGUCCUCUCGGUUUACAUAAUGAACCUGCUAUUGGCCAACGUCUUGCAGAUUUUGACCCUACCUUUCUGGAUGUACUACAGCUACCACAAUCACCACUGGGGCCUGGGAGGUGUGAUGUGUGUGGUCGUUGGCCUAGCUUUCCGUACAAACUUCUAUGCCAAGAACAACUUCCUGUGUCUCAUUGCCAUGGAGCGUUAUAUAGGCAUUGUUCAUCCUCUGAAGUUCCACAAACUGCAGACAACUCAAGGGGCCAUCAGGAUGUGCAUCUUUACAUGGCUUUUGGUGGGUACUCUGUGUGCCAUUGGAAUUGGGUUGCAGGUGGAGGGUUCAAAAGCAGAAUGUUGUCUGGAUGCAUUUCCAUUGAACUACGUAUUCUUCAAGGUAGCCACCAUCAGCUUCUCUUUCUUUAUACCCCUCGUUCUCAUGGGGUUCUUCUACUUCAGUAUCUUGUUUGAGCUCCGGAAAGUGGCAUCUCUGGAAAGAAGAGUACGGAGGCAAAUUUAUGGUUUCGUCUCUCUCAUCCUCGCCUCGUUCUUCCUGCUCUUCAUCCCUUUCCAUGUGACUUCCUGUUACAAAUACUCCUUUGACAUAUUGAAGAAAAAUGUUGUUGACUGUUCUUUUGAGGAAAACAUGUUCAUUUACUCCCAUGUCACAGUGUGCUUAACCACCCUGGGCAACAUCUUAGAUCCACUUCUUUAUAUCCUGAUCCUCAAAGAUAUUCGGAUAGAGCUCAUAAGUCUCCUCAGCUUCAGGGCUCGCAAGACAGAAAUCUUAUUCACAAUGGAACAGCAAGAUCUUCCUCCGCAUACUACCACUGGACAAAUGCAAGAUCAGACUGGGACACAAGAAGGGAUUCAUUGACU